AUGGCGCUCAUGGACGAGUUCAAAAUGCGCAACUUUAGCAUCUACGGGCAGUGGCUCGGAGUGCUAUGCAUCAUCCUGGGAUUUGCCUUGGGUAUCGCCAAUAUCUUCCACUUUAACCUGCUCAUUCUAUUCAGCAUCAUCCUACUUUGUUCCUCCCUGGUUCUCAUCUUCAUCGAAAUUCCACUCUUGCUACGUAUCUGCCCUACAUCCGCCAAAUUCGAUGCCUUUAUCAAACGCUUCACCACGAACUACAUGCGCGCCCUUAUUUACGGCCUCAUGUCCCUGGUUCAGUGGCUUAGCAUCAUCGUGGAAGCCAGCAGCUUGAUUGCCGCCGCCGUAGUAUUGGCCCUCGCGGGAGCUUGCUAUGCACUGGCGGGGUUGAAACAGCAGGAAUUUGUGGGAAGCACGACACUAGGUGGACGCGGUGUGGCCCAGAUGAUUGUCUAG